GACAGCUUAGAAUCAUUUGCCCUGGUCUAGAUUGAAAGUCAAAAAUGAUUUUCUCGUUUUGCCCCCCCAAGAUGUGACGCCUCAAAGCCAAGAGCGGAUUUGCCAUCUCGUCCUCCGUCCCGUUCUGUUGCCAACAUCCUCUUUUGCCGUCCACCUGCCUAUCUCUCUCUGCUCUGCUGUCGUCGGACCCAGCUGCCCGCCCACUCCUGGCUCUGCUAUUCGUCAUUGGACGCUUCUAACUUUACCCGCCCUUUUCCCCGCUCUAAGGUCGGGACAACAGCCUCGGAAGGACAGGCAGGCUAGGAAUCCUUUGCAAGCAAUUAUAAGCAAUAUAUGCCGCUCCCACGUCCGAAUCUUUCACCAUGAACGCGCGCGCUCUCUUCUCGCGCAGCCUUACCCGCGUCGCAGCCUCUCCCUGCAGACUUUCCGCUCCUUCGCAGUCCCAUUUCGCACUGAACAACCCCUCCUUCGGCACAGCCUUCACACACUCACGAAAGAUGGCUACCUUCAAGAAGAUCCAGGUGAAGAACCCCGUGGUGGAGUUGGACGGAGAUGAGAUGACCCGGAUCAUCUGGAAGGAUAUCCGCGAGAGAUUCAUCCUCCCCUACUUAGAUAUCGACCUCAAGUACUACGACCUGGGACUCGAGUACAGAGAUGAGACCAACGACCAGGUCACUAUUGAUGCCGCAGAGGCCAUCAAGAAGUACUCCGUCGGUGUGAAGUGCGCCACCAUCACCCCCGAUGAGGCCCGUGUGAAGGAGUUCAACCUCAAGAAGAUGUGGCUGUCCCCCAACGGCACCAUCCGAAAUGCUUUAGGAGGAACCGUCUUCAGAGAGCCUAUUGUCAUCCCCAGAAUCCCCCGUCUCGUGCCAGGAUGGAAGCAACCCAUCAUCAUCGGCCGUCACGCCUUCGGUGACCAGUACCGUGCCAAGGACACCGUCAUCCCAAGCAACGGUACGCUCAAGAUGGUCUUCACCCCCGAGGGAGGCAAGCCCGAGGAGAUCGAGGUCUUCGAGUUCAAGAACGGAGGAGGAGUGGCCCAGACACAAUACAACACCGACGAGUCCAUCACGGGCUUCGCCCAUGCCAGCUUCAAGCUUGCCCUGAGCAAGGGCCUGCCGCUGUACAUGAGCACCAAGAACACGAUUCUCAAGAAGUACGAUGGCCGCUUCAAGGACAUCUUCCAGGAGAUCUACGACACCACCUACAAGAAGGACUUCGAGGCCAAGAAGAUCUGGUACGAGCACCGUCUCAUUGACGACAUGGUCGCCCAGAUGAUGAAGAGCUCCGGUGGCUACGUGAUGGCGCUGAAGAACUACGACGGUGACGUUCAAUCCGACGUGGUGGCGCAGGGCUUCGGCUCCCUCGGACUGAUGACCUCGGUCCUGAUCACUCCCGACGGAAAGACCUUCGAGUCCGAGGCGGCUCACGGAACCGUCACUCGCCACUACCGCGAGCACCAGAAGGGUAACGAGACCUCCACCAACCCCAUCGCCUCCAUCUUCGCCUGGACCCGUGGUCUCGUCCAGCGUGGUACCCUCGACGGCACCCCUGAGGUCGUCGCCUUCGCUGAGAGCCUCGAGCAGGCCUGCAUUGACACCGUUGACAUCGACGGCAUUAUGACCAAGGAUCUGGCCCUCGCCUGCGGCAAGACCGGCCGCGAGGACUACGUGACCACCACCGGCUACAUGGAAGCCGUCGAGAAGAGACUGAAGACCAUCCUGAAGCAGAAGCUGUAG